AUGGGCGCGCUCUGGGCUACAAACUUCCCACCGAUCAUCGAGUUCAUGGACAUGGACACGGAUCACGUCGUAUUCCGCAAGUUCAAAAGGCUGCACCUAUACAGCCUCCUUUUUCAGCAACGGCGGCUAGCCAAUAUCGACGAAGAUAUAUCAAAGAUGAAAUUCACCAAGGGGGUUGACGCGACGUCGAACUACACGAGACUGGCGGAAAUUCUACCCACGCUGGAGUUUCGUCUGAAAAAAUACGAUGAAGCGUUGCUGCGGCAGGACCUUCUCAUGAAGAUGGGCAAUACCCCGAAGCGAUUAGUCGAGGAGUAUAAAACCAUGAAAUGUAGCGAAUUUCGAGAUGAGAUAAAGAAGGGAGAUGGUUGGAAUGAUCUUGUUUCACUAGGCUGCACCCAGAAAUACUGGAUGCACCGCUUCAUUGAUAGAAACAAGCAUUUACAGAGACUUUUCGAAACGGCUCGAUCUAGGGAAGAAAAACUUGAAUUCCAUCUAUAUUCGGAGAACAAGGUCCGUAUGGCAGAGAAAAUUAUCAUCAAUCUUGCCUUCUGUAUCAUGGUGAUGGUACCUCUUUUCAUCUUGUCCUAUUUGACGAAUGUGACGAUCAAGCUCCUCGUCAUUACGACCGCAUUUUUUAUCACCUCGGUGAUAGCCUCGGUCUUGUCCAACAACAUCGAGAACGCGAGUCUUGCGGUAAUAGCAGGGUACACCGCGAUUCUUGUUGUAUUUCUGAGCAACAACCCCAGUCGCUGA